AUGAAGCCUCGAGUAGAUCGCCUCUGGACUGCCCAGCUGCCGUUUGCGCGUGCCGCCAGAAGCGCCGCCUCACGACCAUCACCGCCCUUCCUUCGCACCUUCUUCACGCCUACCCAAUCCGGCGCCCCUUCCAGACUGGGAAAUAAAUCGCUCGAGCAGAGCGCCCUCCUGUUCUUCCGCUAUCAACGCUCUGCCCUCGCCCGCCGCUUCCGCUCUCUGCGCUUCAAAAGUGACAAGCCCACUGUCCAGUCGCACAACCCCACGCCGCACCUAGGCAGUCCUGAGCCUGCGCUGUCGGUAUCACAGCGGCUCAAGAAGCUUUCCCGCGAAUAUGGGUGGACGGCGGUAGGAGUGUACCUAGGACUGUCACUCAUUGACUUCCCUCUCUGCUUCAUAGCAGUACGCUGGCUGGGAACCGACCGGAUAGGCCACUAUGAAGAAGUGCUGAAAAACGCACUCUGGAGCGUUGUCCGCAUCGUCGUCCCAGACGCUGGUAAGAAGCCAGAAGAAGCAGGCAUCGAGGAAACCACUGCCGAGGCCACUGCGAGAGAAGGCUACGUCGAGGCUGGACGAAGUGUAGGACACAACGGUGGGUCAAACGCAUCAAUCUGGUCACAACUCGGACUAGCCUACCUCGUGCACAAAUCCCUCAUCUUCUUCCGUGUGCCACUUACCGCAGCCGUCCUCCCCAAGGUUGUCAAGACCCUGCGAAGCUGGGGUUACAAUAUUGGCAAGAGAAAGCCAAAGACCCCGCCAGUCUAG